AUGGGACUCCGCACCCCCCAUUCCGGCCACCGCAUCGGGCCCGGACCGCGUCCCCAGCCGUCCGGGGGGGAUGAUCCAGUUGCCGACUCCCGAUCCGCCGGCGUGGCCGCGAAACCCGCGUGCACCCGUUGGGAUCGGCUCGCCCGACUGGUUUUGCCGGGUGCACGGCUCCCCACAGAGGCCGCACCACUUCUCCCACUAGAUAAUCCAGGUGGCCUGGGUCGCCUGCUUGACCUCUCCCAGACCGUGCGUGGCCGACCGCGCCGCCGGGGUCCCCGUCGGAUGGUUCUCGCGGGGAUCGCGCCCCCCGCGCCCAACUGGGACAUCCACGGGAUCCACCGGACCCACCAAAGCCGCCGGCGACGUCCCACCCUGACCGUCGCCGGCGGCUGCGGCCGGCUGCAACCCGAACCAGUCACCGCGCUGGAUCUCCACGAUGGCAGCUGCCGGCGACGGCAAGAGCCAAUCCGCAUGCAUCGCCGCGGGCGCCCCUGGCCCAUUGGCAGUGGUGAUCUGUUGACAGGAGUCAAUGGCGAAAUCUACCAGUCGACACAACAGGGAUCCCAGCAAGGCCUAGCCGCACUCGAGGUCCCUCGAUGGGGCCGACCAGGCCAUGGACUGGAUGACAUGAUCGAAAUGGAUCCUGCUGGAUCCUCUGAUGAAACAUGA